AGUCUGGACCGGGUCGAAAAUGUCAUAAUAAGUAGUAUUGUACGAGUGUCAUGGUAUGUAAUCGGCUGUUGUAGGACUCGUAGAUCGAAUUAUGAAUUCGUCUACCCUGUCGACGAGCACUUUAGGACAUUCGACGGGGCAGAGAACGCCAGAAUCCCAGGACUCUGAGCUAACCUCAAGCGCGACUCAAACAUCCAAGAUCCUAAAUCAAAUGAAAUCUGAAUUGCAAGAGCAGAAGCAGCGUAAACGAUUUCUCAAGGAACUUCAUACAAAGCGCGUACAAUCCUUGCGAAAAGAAUUAGACUAUCUUAAAGCGACAGAGUGGAGAUAUCAGUCUAUAGAUCGGUACUUAGAUAGGAGCCAGAGGAAUUAAAGAUGUUAUCAUUAUUGCAUAGUGGAAUUCAGUAUGCUAUAAGCUAUGUAUAUCCAAAGAAGACAGAAGCAGAGAAGAGUGAAGAGGAAGACAUAGAUAAAGUUAUAUGUCGUAUAGAGCUCGCAAAUGAGGCCAACGCAGACAAAACUGUAAAGAAAGAAGAAGCACUAAACGAAGAAGGAUGUUACUACAAGACGGGAAGUGUUACCUAUGUCACUACAGAUUAUAUCCUCAUAGAUGAUUCCUAUACAUAUGAAAAAAUGGAUGAUUUGACUAGUAAUCUUAAAGUAGGUGAUGAAAUUUACUACUUGCUAUAUCUACGAGAUCCAAAUGCAAAGCCAAAAGUACAAAAAAUUAUCAGCGUAAUGAACACCUGGAAUAAUGAAAACAUUAUUGUAAAACAUAAUGUACACAAUUAUACGACAUCAAGGAACUUAGUUGGCAAAGUGAUAAAACGUGAAGGCCGAAUUGCCAUUGUUGAGCCGAAUGAUCUUUAUAUUGACUUGAGCAAAGUGCGAUCUGACUUCAUUCCCCUAGUUGGUGAUUGGUUGUCAAUAGACUGCUUAGUCGAAUUGGACAAUGAAUCUAAAGAUUGGAUUGGCGAAAUCUUGGAGAUUAAUAGAAUUAAACCAUUACGAUCUCAACUAAACUGUGGUGUGAUAUCAAAGUAUAAUCCACAGAACGAGGUGGGAGUAAUUAAUAAGGAUGUGAUUUUUUAUAAGCGCACAUGUGGUAUGGGUUAUACUCCUUAUAUUGGUGACAAAGUGGUGACCGAAAGCAUAGAAAGUGAUCAAGGACAGUACAAAUGGAGAUCGUUGACUGUAAUUCCAUUAAUAAAGGGUCCAAAUAAAUGUAUUAAAUCAAUAACAAAUACAUUUUCUUCCGUAUUAGAUACAGAAUUAUUAAAAAACAAAUAUGGUAUUGUUAUAGAUAACGAAUUAAAAUUCAAUUUGAACAUAGGAGAAGAAGAUACUUUGAGGGUUUCAAUACAAAAUAACGCCAGUUAUGCUCAUUUAUUGCAAAGUGGUUCCUUUGGGCCACAGACGACUCCAUCUCAGUUAUCAGUAGUGUCAUCGAUAGAUACAAAUAUUAGCGUAGUAAUAAAUCCUUCGGAAAGUAUUGCUUAUACAUUCAAAUGCAAAGCACAAUUUGUUGGUACAUCAGAAGAACUAUUUAUCUUUAAUUUCAAAGACUUCAAGAUAGCUAGAAUAUUUCAUAUAAAUAUCAAUAUAAAGAACAUUUUACAAAAGUUGAAUUCUGAAUCUAUUCAACAAAAGGAAGAGAAAAAUAAUUUACCCGACUUGAAUGAGUUAAUUGAAACUACAUGUAUCCCUGGAGUAAGAUCAAUCAAACCGCCUGCAUUUAUCAAAGUACGCAAUGGAAUCUUUAAAAUACCGCGACAUAUUUGGAAUGUAGUUUACGAUACUAUGCACAGUAAACUAUCAAUGACAGAAAGCAAAAUUGCUGUUGGAGAUCAUAUACCUUGUCUUCAAAAAGAGCUUUCCUUUGAGACAUAUAAGGAACGUUUUCAUGCUUUAUUGUAUCUGGAAGAGAUAGGUGUAACGUUGUAUUUACAAAAAUAUGAUAUGAAAAGUGCGAUUCUACGACGAUGUGAUGAUUAUCUUACACUUGAAGUGCCAGGAUUAGUAGAAAAACGACCUUCCCUGAUGAUUGGCGAUAAAGCCAUAGUAUCUUUUCAGUGGGAUAGUUCUAAAGAAAACCUAAAAUAUGAGGGCUACAUUCAUAAAAUCAAAAACAAGGAGAUCUUUAUGAAAUUUAACAAACAGUUUCAUUAUGAAUACAAUGGCGAGGAUUGUCAAGUGUCAUUUAAGUACUCAAAUAAUUGUAUUCAACGUUCUCACAAUGCUAUUAAUUUAGCUCUCAACCGUCUUGGACCUGAUUUUUUAUUUCCUACUCAAGUAGUGCAAAAAGAACCACAGUUCUAUUUAGAAGAAUAUGAGAACGAAGAGAAACCCAUUGAUGUACAAGAUUGUCAUAAUGAAUCAGUUGAAUCGUCAUUCAAAAAAACAAUGUCAUCUAAAACAAAAAUGAAUCCGAAUUUUAAAAUGAAUUUGACAAAUUGUACCAACCAAAAUAGUAAAACUAACAUUGCUAACACCAAAAUUUUAAGAACGCCAAAUGGAUCAAUCACUCAAAUUAAUAAUGAACUAAAACCAUAUAUUACUGAAAUAAAGAAACGAAAAUUAAAUUGGUUUAAUACAAAACUAAAUUAUUAUCAAAAAGAAGCUGUGAGAAAUAUAAUAUUAGGAUUAGCGCGUCCACUACCUUACGUUAUAUUUGGCCCGCCUGGAACAGGAAAGACAGUAACUAUAUGCGAGACGAUCUUACAAAUUUUGACCAUAAUUCCCGAAAGCAGACUUCUCGUAGCAACACCGUCGAACAGCUCGGCAAACUUAAUAGCGGAACGCUUGUUGGACAGUAAUAUACUUAAACCAGGCGAUUUGGUUCGAUUAAUUGCUUACCAUUGCUUGAAUAGUAAUGUUAUACCUGAGGAACUAUUACCUUAUUGUGCUACAGCAGAAUUAGGUGAAAAAUUGAAUGAUAAUUUCUAUCAUCACGAAAACGGAGUGAAAACGAAUUGCAGCAUGUCCGUAUUGGGUCGUCAUAGAAUUACUAUCGGCACUUGCAACAUAUUAGGAAUGUUGCACAAUAUGGGUUUUCCCCGUGGUCAUUUCUCACAUGUUCUAAUUGACGAAGCGGGUCAAGCGACUGAGCCAGAGAUCAUGAUUUCUUUAAAUUUCAUUCAUUCUGAUCAUGGUCAAGUCAUACUCGCGGGCGAUCCACUGCAACUUGGGCCUGUGGUGAUCAGCAAUUUGGCGUCUUUUUUCGGACUUGGUGUAUCAUUCCUUUCGAGACUUUUACAGCAAUUUCCUUAUCAGAGGGAUCCUGAGGGAUUCGAGACCGGCUAUGAUCCCAGACUCGUAACAAAACUUGUAAUGAACUAUCGAAGCUUACCAGAAAUACUGCAUCUACCAAACAUGCUGUUUUAUGAAUCGGAGUUACAGUCGCAAUUGUCUAAUAAUAGUGAAGAAGCUAAACUAUUGGAAAUGAUAAGAGCAGAGCUGCCCGAGAAAGAGGGAUCACCACCAGCUAUAAUCUUUCAUGGAACCAAUGGUGAGAACUACCAAGAUUCUGAUAGUCCAAGCUGGUACAAUCCCGAAGAAGCUGCACAAGUAUAUCUCUAUUUGUUGAAAUUAUAUAAGUAUGGCCUUAAAUCGGAUGACAUAGGAAUUGUAACUCCUUAUCAUAAACAGGUGAUACAAAUCCGAGAUCUGCUGAUGGAGUUAAAUCUCAAGUUACCAAAAAUUAGCACUGUGGAAGGAUUCCAAGGUCAAGAAAGAAAAAUAAUUAUUAUUUCGACUGUCAGAUCGUGCAACAAUUUAAUUAAUGAAGACGUCAAGCACUCUUUAGGUUUUAUUGCUUCGCCCAAUAGACUCAACGUCGCAAUUACUCGUGCUCGCGCUCUACUUAUUAUCCUAGGAAAUCCAAAAUUACUUGUUUUAGAUCCAUAUUGGAGAAACAUUCUAACAUAUUGUAUUGCUCAUGGUGGAUACACAGGAUGUAAUUUUAUACUUUCAUAAUAAAUCUUCAAAAUACGUAAAAUUAUCUCAUAACAUAAUUGUAUAACAAUCGUAGUACUUAAUA